AUGGCGGGGGGCGGCGGGCGGACCCUGCCCCCGGGCGCUCUCCUGGGCAUGGCAGCCGUGCUGGCGGCGGUGGGAUGGGUGAGAGCGGAACCGAAGGAAGAGCAACUUUCUGUUGAUUUAAUCAGAAAGAAUGAAGUUUAUGGUGACACCAAGCAUGAAGUGAACGUGUACGUUAAGGUGUUCACAAACAGCCCGUUUCUGGUCUGUAUGGAUUUGGCCCAUUCUCAAGAAAAAAUAAUAGAUCCCAAGUAUUUGUGGACUGGUCCAGAUGGAAAAGAUUUAGAAGGGCAAAGGUACAUAAAUGUGACAGAGACAGGGAAGCUGAUGGUGAUGGGAUUCAGGGAGUCGAUGUCCGGCGCCUACACUUGCACUCUGUCCCACAAAAUCAUCGAAACCACAACACAAGAAGAAACAGAAAUCGUUGAGGCCUAUAAAUUCAUGGUUUAUGCCUACAGGGAAGCAGACCAUGCCUACCAGGUGUUUGUUCGCUUCACCACGAUGCACUGCAAGCUGAAAAACAACGACUUGUUCUUCGAGGCGCUGGAGGAGAUCCUGAACAGCACCAUCGCCCACCUGACGUGUCACAUCACAAAGUCAUCCUACAAGUGCCACUCCAUCAGGACGCCAAAGCACGGCCUCCAGCACGAGCUCUUUGUUAGUUUUCAAGUUGAUCCGUUUGCACCAGGAUGGGAAGAAGUUUGCCACAAGAUUCCUUACGACUGUGAAGAUGUGACAAACCUGAGAGCCCAGCAGGCAACGGAGCGGAUUGGGAAGUUUUUCCAGCAGCUGAGGUACAUUCUGGAGCACGAGGCUGAGGCUGUCCCUACAAUCCGGUACGUGGAGAACAGCUUCUCCGUGACCCCCAUCGACAGCUGCCGGCCAGGUUUUGGGAAGAACCAUCACACCCACCAGAACUGCGCCAGCUGCUGCGUGGUUUGUGGCCCUGGAACUUACAGUCCCAACAACGAGGUGACGUGCUGGACCUGUGCGAGGCCUCACGUCAGGAUGUACGGAGCAAAAUCCUGCUGA